UGACAGAUGAGAUGGAGUCAGUGUCAGUGAUGGAGGGAGAUUCGGUUACUUUACACACCGAUCUUACUGAACUACAGAGGGAUGAUGUGAUAUAUUGGGGGUUUGAAGGGACCCGCAUAGCUCAGAUCAAUAAAGUUGCAAGUGUGAUCUCAAUAUAUGACGAUGUUCUUGAUGGGAGAUUCAGAGACAGAGUGCAUCUGGAUAGUCAGACUGGAGAUCUCACCAUCAGCGAUGUCAUAGCUAAAGACUCUGGACUUUAUAAACUACAGAUCAGUGACAGCAGUAAGAGUAUAGAAAAGAUUUUCAAUGUUACCGGUGUGAUUGAUGUUGACAGAGAAGGAGUGAAGUCAGUGUCUGUGAUAGAGGCAGAUUCUGUCACUUUAUACACCGACGUUCCUGAUUUCAAGAAGUAUGAUGUGAUACUCUGGAGGUUUCAACAUGAAAACUCUCCUCUAGCCGAACUCAACAGAACGGCUGGGAUCCUCUCUGUACACGAUGAUGGAAGAUUCAGAGACGGACUGAAGUUGGACAAUCAGACUGGAUCUCUUACCAUCAGAAACAUUAGAUCCAACAACUCUGGACUUUAUGAAGUAGAUAUCAACAGUAGCAGAAGACACACCAUACAUCAGACAUUCAGAGUUACUGUCAGUGGUGGAGUGAAGUCAGUAUCGGUGAAUGAGGGAGAUUCAGUCACACUGUACACUGAUACUGAAAUUCAGACCUAUGAUUUUAUCGAAUGGAUGUUUGGAGAUGAACGCACUCAGAUCGCUCAAAUGUAUAAACCAGAUGCACGCUUUGUCACGUAUGACGGGGAUGAUGGGAGAUUUAGAGAUAAACUGAAGCUGAAUGAUCAGACUGGAUCUCUGACCAUCACAAACAUCAGAACUGAACACAAAGGAGUUUAUGAAGUAAAGAUCAGCAGCAACAGACAUUCAUUACACAGGAGAUUCAUUGUGAUUGUCACUGCACUGGGUCUAUCUUCAGUUACUGUUGUAAUAUGCAUUUUGUUUCUGCUUGUUGCUGGUGUGACAGCUGCUGUGAUUUACUAUCGCUGGAGGUCUCACCGGAGGGUCAAAUUUUACGAUAAGGAGAUGGAUGUGUUGGAGGGAGGUUCUGUUACUCUACACACAAGUCUUACUCACGUACAGAUAGAUGAUGUUAUCGAGUGGAGGUUUGGACAUGAAAAGGUCACCAUUGCUAAAAUCACAAAUGCUACCAGCAAGUGUGUUGAUGAGAGAUUUAAAGACAAACUGACACUGGACCCUCAGACUGGAGAUCUUACCAUCAAUAACAUCAGUAAUGAACAAUCUGGAUUUUAUCAGCUAAAUAUCAUCAAACGUAAAAAACUCUCAUCCAAGAAAUUCAAUGUGAUUGUCAUCGGUGAAUUAAUGACAGUGAAUGCAGGGGAGUCUGUCACUUUAGAGACUCGUGUUACUGAAAUACAGAGAGAUGAUAAGAUCGAGUGGAUGUUUGGGGAUAAAGAAACUGUCAUAGCUCAGACUGACAGCGCUUUUAAUAUCUUUAGUACAUAUGAUGGUGAUAAUGAUGUAUUCAAAGAUACACUGGGCCUGGAUCAUCAGACUGGAGAUCUCACCAUCAAAAACAUUAGAAAAAGACAUGCUGGUGUUUAUACACUAAAGAUCAUCAUCAGUGGAAAUGUCUCUUUUAGGAGACUGCGUGUAACGGUCACAGAUAUCACUGCAAAUGAUUUGAAUGAGUCAUUAAAUUCAAAUGUACCUUUAAUGAACAGUGCCAGCAGCGGUGCUUCCAGUGUAACAUGAUCAUCAUAACAAACACAUUGUUUAAAUGUAAAUAUCAGAUUUUAUUUUUGUUACUGAAUACAGACAAUGUGUACUCUAUGUAAUAUUUGUUGUUUCAUGCAUCUUUUACAGUCUUAUGCUUAAAUAUGUAAUGUGUAGAUAACUAUACACCAUCAUUUCACUGACUGAUGU